AUGGAUAGCCUGCUAGAGCUGCUCCAGGACACAUCUUGCAGCCGGUUGGCCCUGCUGCAGGAAGAGUUGGAUACGCUGAGGCGUGAUGCGCUCUCGUAUCCAGAUGAUCUCCUUCCAACAACUAAAGCCAAGAGGUAUCCGGCCGGCCUAUUUUCCCACCCAAAACUAUUCGAGAUAUCAUGUGCCAUAUUGGAUCAGCUCAAGGGUCUUGCCAAGGGUGACAAGCCCAACGAUCCUUACACCACCGCCGCCGAGAAAGACCCUGCCGAGGCCAAGAGGAGGCUGUACACGUCCUUGAGAGCGUUGGAACUAUACGAGCAGUUUCUCCUGUGGCAACUUGACACCAGGCAUGUUGCAACGAGCAACAGGUAUUCAGGACUCACCGAGCAGCACCAGCAGUACCUCAGCAACCACAGGACCAAGGCUCAACACUUUCUAGAUCUGAGGGAGUUCUUGGGGCACGGGACCUCAUUCGAGGACGCAUGGAUAGCAGACCGCUCCUUGGCCAUCGCGACAAUGCACAAUGCUGGUGAUCAAUGCCGGGACCGCUCUCUAUACUUUCGCGCCGUAGAGAAGUGGGCAAGCAUUAAGAGUUUCAAACAGCCGCCGCGCCUCUUGCCAUCGCCCAACGAGCAGGACCCUUGGUCCACCUACGUGGAGUUUGUUUACUUCCACUCAUUGUGCCAAAAGAAAUCUGGCGAUAGAGUUAUCGCCAUGGAGGUGGAAAUGUCCAGGGAGUGGGUAGUCCUGGUGCGAGCAAAGCUGCUCCAACCCGAUGAUACGGCCCUCUCACUUGUGCGCCGCCUUGAGGUGCAGGAGGAUCUGCCGGAGGCAAGGGGAGCCCGUUUGUAUGAAAAGUUUGUUUCCUCGUGGGAGCGCCUCCGUCAAGCUACCGAGGUCGCUGAUUUUCAAUCCGCCAGUGCGUGCUGGGCUGAGGAUAUGAUGGACGAUUUUAAGCAUAGGUAG